ACUUAUAUAAGAAACGGAUCAAUUUGACCCGAGGACAACAAAAAGGUUAAAAGGACAAAAUUCAAGCAUUUUCCGGUCAUCUUUGACCGUCAUUCUUUAGCCGUUUCCUAGCUUCGACGCUAGGUGGGGUCGAAGCUAUACUAUUCUGUGGCGUGCUGCCGUCUAUGUGCAGUCGAGGAAGCCGAGAUGGCAGCCACCAUGAAGGGACCUGGAGUUGAAGAUGUGAACGUUACUUUUGAAGACCAACAGAAGAUCAAUAAAUUUGCCAGGAACACGAGUCGGAUGACCGAGCUGAAAAACGAAAUUGAGGCAAAGAAAAAAUCGCUGCAGAACUUACAGGAUGCCAGCGACGACCUAAUGAUGUUGGACGACGACGCUUUAUUGAUCCCAUAUCAAAUCGGCGAUGUCUUUGUCAGUCACAGUCAAGAAGAAACACAAGAGAUGCUGGAGGCUGCAAAGGAAACACUGGAGCAGGAGGUCAAAGGCCUUGAGGAACGAGUGUCAGCGAUACAGCAAGUUUUGGGUGAUCUGAAGGUCCACCUCUAUGCCAAGUUUGGCAACAACAUUAACCUGGAGGCAGAUGAAAGCUGAGUUGAGAAAUGGACAUUGACAGCUGCCCCAACACAGACUUUUUCAUGCAGCUCUUGUAUCCGAUCCACCGAGUGUUUGCCGAACAAAACAUCAAGGACUCGGCAUGAUCGGCUUAGAUUUGUAGCAUCAGGCUUGUGUUUGCACCAAUGUUGUAUGAUUCUUCAGUUAAGAUUUUGGCAAACAAAUUCACAAGGGCAACAAACAUUUGGAGACUAAAUAAAUGCACAUCAUUUCUAAUGUCUUUUAAUUGGUCCCUUAUUUAAUGCUCAUAUUGUUGGUUUUUACUCUGUUGAUCAAACCAAAGUAAA